AUGGGGAACUUGUUCUCGCGCCUGCGUCAAGUGACUGCACAGCACACAGACGAGCGCGUGUGCAUCAUGAACGAGAUCGUCAACGCCAUCAAGGUCAUCAAAAUGUUUGCGUGGGAACAUCCUUUCAUCUCACUUGUUUCUGAGGCUAGGAAAAAAGAAAUCGACUCGAUCCGCAAAAGCAACUUCUUGAAGGCCGUCAACAUGGCUCUGUUCUUCACUUCUGCUAAGCUGGCGGUCUGCUUAACCAUUAUAGUCUACGUGGUCACUGGAAACGUUCUCACCGCUGAAAAAGUCUUUGUGACGAGUUCGCUGAUUAACAGCGUCAGGAUUUCCAUGACGAUGUGCUUCCCGUUCGCUAUAUCCUUUGGCUCUGAAGCGCUGAUGUCGUGCCAAAGACUACAGGUGAGUCUGCUGGUGUUGGUGGUGCGACAACCUUUACACAAUAUUGAGAUGAUUUCAAAUCGGAACUCCGGCAAAGUAUAG